GGGUAGUGAUUGUCAUUUUGUCACUUUUGACAACGAGCUGCUGAAAAAUUUUGCCUUUUCAUUUUGUGCUUAUUUUUGUUGCACUUUUCUCCGCAUUUUCAGUGAAGAAUGUAAACUGACUCCGUGCUCAAUUCAGAAAGAAGACUUCCGUGAAGCGAUUGACAGAGAAUUCGGGUCAUUUUGCGGUGCAGAAAGUUGCAGGAAGCGGUGCAAAAAAUUGUGGGUGCGUAGCCAGCCAUUUGCGGGGAGCUGAGAGGGUCGUCGUGGUAAUUGGAGCAACUAUCGUGUGUGUGGGUCACCACAUUUUUGCUGCCGAAAUGGAAUUAGAGGGCUUGUCUAACGUACAGAUGGAGAUGGUGCUACAAUUCCAAGAUUUUACAGGAAUUGAGGACAUAAGCGUGUGUCGGGAUGUUCUCACGCGGAACAUGUGGGACUUGGAGGUGGCUAUUCAGGAGCAGCUAAAUAUCCGCGAGGGACGCCCUUCGGUGUAUGCGACAGAAUCCCGACCGCCGCAAGUGAUAAAUGAUCGAUAUCUGCAGCAUGUCUUCUCGUCCGCCUCAGGGUCUACCCCACGCCCUUCGGGGUUCACGGGGCUCAUUAACUACUUCAUCAACAAUGUGUUCAGCUUUUGCUACAACACAGUGUCCUCCUUGGUCAUGGCAUUCCUCAAUCUCUUCAGGAGUAAUGAGCGCAUCGUAACGGACCCCCUGCGGGAUGUCCUCAAUUUCAUUGAAGCCUACAAAGAGAAACAUCCCGUCCAUCCAGUCUUCUACCAUGGCACCUACGCACAGGCACUCAAUGAUGCCAAGCGUGAGCUCAAGUUCCUCCUUGUCUAUUUACAUUCCGACGGUAAGUCCGAGGCGGAGAGUUUCUGCCGCAAUGCCCUUUCGGACACCCAGGUGGUGACCUACAUUAAUCGCAAUAUGAUCUUCUGGGCGUGCGAUAUUGCCUCCCCCGAGGGCUAUCGCGUCUCGCACUCCAUCAAUGCGCGGCAGUACCCAAUUCUCGUUGUUGUGGGUAUGCGAUGGAAUAAAAUGAUCAUUAUGGGACGCAUGGAGGGGGACUGCAGUGCAGAAGAGCUCCUCCGGCGUCUCCAGACUGUUGUCACCGACAAUGAGGUGUACAUGAGUCAGGCACGGGCGGAGCGUCUCGAGCGGAGUCUCACGCAAUCGCUGCGGAAGCAACAGGAUGAGGCGUACGAGCAAUCCCUCAAAGCGGAUCAGGAAAAGGAGCGACGGAAGCAGGAGGAGAAGGAGGAACAACUGCGGCAGCAGCAAGCGAUUGAGGCUGAGAAGCAAGCGGAGGUGGAGCGGAAAAAUAAUAUUGCCCGCCUGAAAAUCGACAUGGCUUCAGAAGUGCCUUCAGAACCGCCAGCUGAUGCUUCCGGGACGACAAGUGUGGUCUUCAAGCUACCAAGUGGAGCACGGAUAGAAAGGCGAUUCUACCGGCAAGACUCCAUUCGGGACGUCUAUAAGUUCAUCUUCUGCCAUCCUGCGUCACCGGAUCGCUUUGAAAUUACCACAAAUUUCCCAAAGCGUGUCCUGUAUUCCGAGGCCAAAGAGACAGAUGGAAGUGCCACCAUUUCGGAUGUUGGACUACAAAAUCGUGAGGUGCUCUUUGUCAAUGACCUCGAUGCCUAAGGGAAUUGCUGGCUGACAAUGCACAGGGACGUGCGAGGAGGAUGAGAAAAAAUUAAAUCAAAGCAUGGAAAAUUCUUUUGUGAGAAGAACAUCACAAAACCGUAAAAGAUGAUGAAAAUUGCAAAUAGGAUCCUUUUUGUCUUUAUGAUUUACAGAAGCGAUUGUGUUUCUAUGUGAUACAAACAAAAAAAAACAUGAAUGAUUUAUUAAAUAAAAAGGGACUCUAUGUAAUAAUGUUGCAAUGUGGGGAAUUGAAAGAGA